AUGUCAAGUGCCGAAAAGAACCCACACGUCUUGCUGACGGGCGCCAAUGGCUUCGUGGCCUCUCACGUCCUGGCGAUCCUGCUGAAUCGUGGAUACGCCGUGACUGCAACGGUGCGCUCCCAAGAAAAAGCGGACGAUAUCAUCAAAACACAUCCAUCUUGGAAAAACAAAGUGAAUUUUGCAAUCGUCGCUGAUUUCACGUCAGCAAAACCUUUCCACCAUCUCUUCAAGAGCCCAAAGACGCCUUUUAACUAUGUGAUCCACACGGCAUCUCCUUUGAAGUUCGAGGUGUCUGAUAUCCAAAAAGAGAUGAUCGAGCCUGCGGAAAAGGGAACCACCGAGAUCUUAAAGGCUGCGCACCAGCAUGGUGGUACCGCGUUAAAGCGUUUCGUUCUCUUGGGAAGUGCCGUAUCCGUGCUUAACUCCUUCGAAGACAUGUCCAAGGAAGGCAAGCCGUACACGGAGGAGGAUUGGAACCCGGUGACGGCUGAGCAAGCCAUUGACAGAAAUGAUCCCGUCUUGGGAUACAACGUGUCCAAGACAAGAGCCGAGGCUGCUGCAUGGAAUUUCAUGAAGCAGAGUACUACCUCCUUUGACCUGGCCGUAAUCAAUCCGGACAUCAUCACCGGUCCAAUGAUUCACCCGAUCUCAGGCCCUGAAUCUAUUAAUCAGACCAAUCAUUUUGCCAUAGCGAGCUUUAUUGAUGGAACUCACAAGGAGAUUGAAGGUGUAACCUUCCCUUUCUACCACUUUGUGGAUGUUCGAGACGUGGCCCGGAGCCUUGUAGAUGCGCUGGAAAACCCCUCGGCGGCAAACCAUCGGAUUCUCCUCAUUUCAGGUCUCAUAUCACCCCAACUAGUAGCCAACGCCAUCCGCAAGAACUUCCCUGCUCUUGCCAGCCGCGUCCCCAAGGGCAAUCCCCCCCAGAUCUUACCUCCUGGAGUUCAUCCCACGGGAUGGGAUAUGCGCGAGAGUCUGAGAAUCCUCGCCGACGGUACCAAGGAGGGUAAGUGGGAGUACAUUGACCUGGAAACCAGUGUCGUUGAUACUGUUGAGUCGAUGAUAAAGAAUUCUGUCAUUUAG